AUGGCAAGACCUACGCACUUUCUGUCAAUUCCUCUCGGCCAAACACAUCCGACUCUCCGUGCCCGAGUUGCUGAUCUCCAUGCCGCCCUCAACCUUCCUGCACAAGACUCUACGCUGCUCGCAGGUCCUCAGCGCGUACAUCUCACCCUCGGCGUCAUGAAUCUCACCCCCGAGACCCUUCCGACUGCACUCGACCUCCUGCACCGCCUCCCGACUCUCCUUCCGCUCACAGACAUGGCCCCGACCGUUACCCUUGACACGCUCGAUGUCCUCAGAAGGGAAUCCCGCCGCCGCGCUCACGUCUUAUGGGUCGGUCCAUCUCAACCCAUACCCUUGUUCAGCCGGAUCAACGAGAUCUUCCGUGAAGAAGGCUUCAUAACCGAUAUGCGUCCCCUCAAACUGCACAUGACGCUCAUGAACAGCACAUACAGAAGACCUCGAACGAAACGCCCUCAGCCGUUUGAAUAUGACGGUAUCCUCAGGCAGGCUGGCGUGCUGGAGUGUUUUGGUGUGCAGGAGAGCGAGUAUGCUGAGCUCCCGAUGGCUGUUACGAUGGGCUCGUACGACGCGCCAAGAGUUCACCUCUGUGAGAUGGGAAGCUGGGAUACGGACGGCGCAUACGUUAGCUGUGGCAGUGCGCCACUAUCAGCCAAUCCGAUGUCCAUGCCCUAA